GAGCUCUGUAAAGAAAUGGUGGACGGUUUGAGGAUAACAUUUGACUUUACCCUUCCACUAAUCCUACUCUACCCAAGUGAACAAGCUCAGUUCAAAAAAGUCAGCUCCUCCAAGUUCUUCCAGCCAAUCAUUGACAGCACAACCUGCACCAGUAGAUCUUCAGUAGCUGAUGCAAAUGCCUUGAGAUGUCACUUUAAUCAUGCUUCAUGUUCCAACUGCGCAAGCAAUCAAACCACAGGCAACAGUGACAAGGAAUCUAAACUCCAAACCUAAAGGUGACCAACCUAAAGGUGACAGAAAGGAGAAAAAAUGGGCCCCCUCUAUCACUGCAAACACAGAGAGAAGUUUGCUACAUUUUGAUUGUAUCUUGGUGGACUAACGUAAACAAGGUAAGGCUUACGCCUGGGCG